UUGAAUUGACGUUUAACUGUCAUAUAAAAUCAAAUCAAAUCAAUUUUAUAUAUUUUUGUAAUAUCAAAAUGGCAAACGAAGCUGAGGAAACCGUACGUAAAUUAGCAACGCACAAGGGUGUUGCCGGGGUGAUAGUGGUUAAUGGGGAAGGGAUACCAAUCAAAACAACUUUGGAUAAUCACGUCUCCGUGCAGUACGCGGGCCUCUUGUCCGCACUAGUGGAUAAAGCGAAAGCUGUUGUCAGAGAUCUUGAUCCAACAAACGAUCUAACAUUUCUUCGUAUAAGAAGUAAAAAAAGCGAAGUCUUGGUGGCGCCUGAUAAAGAAUUUAUAUUAAUAGUUGUUCAGAAUCCUGUUGAUUGAUAUAACAUUCAAACUUUAUGGUCGCUCGUGAUGAGUUGCGAGCAUGUCUUCAUGUCUGUUCACUUCGAACGAAAGCGUGCGCAAUUUCCCGCUCCUGCGAUGCGUCAAACGGAUGCGCCUUUACAAUGUGUAAAAUUGUGUUCUUCUGAGCCUCCAUAAAGUUUGAAUAAAACUGUAUUUUUAUGAAUGUAUUUAUUAUGGAUAGAUUUUAUCAUGUGAAUUAUUAGUAUAUUAAAAUUGUUUAUGAUGUUGGGUGUUUCCCUUUGGGUCGAUUGAUCUGUAGGUCGAUCGGUUCAAAAGGAAAGAAUCAUUAUAUUAGUAUUUAUUAUGACCAGAAAUGUUUUUGGUAAA